AUGGCGCAAUUGCCUCCCAAGGUCCCGAAUGUGUCCCCCAGCGUGGCCAGCUUCGUCCACCAGAAAGCGCCACUAAUGGCAACCAUCUUCCCUGCCUCUUCCCCCCACGCCGGCGCAGCCGCCUCCCAUCUUUGCUGGGUGGACGAAUUCUUCGAUUUCUCCUCUGCUGCCCAGCGGGGGGCCCAUGGCAGGUCCUUGAGCGACACCAUCUCCUUCUUCAACCCCCCAGCUGACGCCUCAGCGGAAGAGAGCCACAUCGACGAUGCCAUGGCCAAAGGCAGCCGGGUCCAGGAUUUCGACCGCCUCGGCGUCGACCAGCUCAUGUCAAUGUUCUCCGACAACGCUCCGUCGGACCACGACAGCGUACACGAGGAGAAAAUCGACGGCGGGUCCGCGCAGGCGGCGCCGGAUCCACAUUCUCAGGAGGAGCAGAGUAGGUGCAAGAUCGAGCCACCGGAAGCCUCAGGAAUGCAACAGGUGUUAGCUGCUGAAUAUGCCGUCGACCCAAAGAGGAUAAAGAGGUGUGUAGUGUUAGAACAUUCUGGGUAGUACAGAAAUUUGAAAUUAAGCUCAUCGGUAAUUAGUCUUCAAAUCUAAUUUAUAUUGUAAACUCCUCUUUGGCGACGGGCCCGAUCUCAAAUUCUCAGGAUCCUAGCAAACAGGCAAUCAGCGCAAAGGUCGCGAGUGAGGAAGCUUCAGUACAUAUCGGAACUCGAACAAAGCGUCAUGUCGUUGCAGGUAGAAUGCGGGAACCCGCGAAUUAGAUCAUGUUUGAUUCAUAAAAUGAAGCAACUAAAUCAUGUAAUCAAGUAUAUAGGGUUACUAUACUCGUCGUUAAGUUUGAAUUCGGCCGUUCAAUUAUGUUACAGAUUUAGGUUGACAUUUCUCUGGAGACGGAGAGAGAGGUUCAAUGAAAUUAGCUAAUCAGCAUCAUUAUUGCAGACGGAGGUGGCGGAUUUGUCGCCGCGGGUGGCCUUCUUAGACCACCAACGAUCGUUGCUCAUAGUGGGGAACACUGCGCUUAGGCAGCGAAUUGCUGCUCUUGCACAGGAUAAGAUCUUCAAGGACGGUAAGGUCUCGGCAUGUGAAAUGCCUUACCUCUAUAGAACAGUUAUUAUUCGGCAAAUUACUUCGAUCGAUCAUUACGUGAAUCAGAUUAAACCAAAGGUUAGUAAGAAUAACGGGUUAUCCAUCUAGUGGCUUGAAAACAAUAUGAUCUAAGGCGACUUCAUUUUAUGUGUCUACUACCCUUGUCUCAAGUGAUUGAUGGUCACCAACUGAAAGGACUUAUAUGAUUCGGAAUGCAGCUCACCAGGAGGUGUUGAAGAAGGAGAUUGAGAGGCUGAGGCAGGCGUACUCGCAGAAGGAUCUCAAGAAGAUGCCCUCCGCCGUCGGACCUCCUCCCUCUCCCCACCACAAGGUCGAGAAGCUGCUCAGCUGA